AUGGCAGAAGGGAAAUCUCAAGUGUGUGAAGAAUUCUGGUUUCAAUUUGGGAAUACAACGGAAAUUCAUGAUCAGAAUGAAAACUGCAUGUCAUCUUCUGAAUCUUCUGUUGAAGACUCAGCGUUCUUGAACGAGUCAUCAUCUUCUUCUUCGCUCGAUACAGCAAAUGAAGCAUCUUCAUCAGCAUCUUCUUCUCUUUCUGCAGAUUCAAGUGGAGGUUCAUAUGAUUUAACAGAUCUAAUGGAAGAAUUGCCCAUCAAGAGAGGGCUGUCCAAGUUUUAUAAAGGGAAAUCAGAGUCGUUUACAUCAUUAUCAGCGGUGACAAGCCUAGAGGAUUUGGUGAAGAAAGGAACACCUUUUAAAAGGAAAAUGAAGGCUUCGAGAAGCUAUGCAGCUGGUUUAAAUAGCUUUAAACCUUAUACUCUUCCUAAGCCCAUUAUAUCAAAGAAAUCUCCGAAGGCUUCUUUUUCGUCAUCUUUUGCAAGUAAAAAGGGAAAUAUUAUCGCAGCAAGCCCCCACUGA